AAAGUGUGUUAAAAUGACAAAUAUAUUUGUUGAUUAUGCUUACCAGAAUUUUUAAAAGGACAUUUUAGAGGGAAAAAAUGCUUUGUGCUUCUUCUCCUUUAGAAUGAUCACCGAUCUGGGCCCCAAGCACAAGGUGCACUAGCCGGCAGAUUGCUGACCAGGGGCUGAGACCCGCGUUCUUUCCUCCUCAGUCUGACUGCAGCCACGGAAGGAAGGGGCGAUGGAAGGUGAGGCCGUUGAAGCCAUCGUGGAAGAGUCGGAGACGUUCAUUAAAGGAAAGGAGAGGAAGACUUACCAGAGACGCCGGGAAGGGGGCCAAGAGGAGGAUGCGUGCCACCUACCCCAGAACCAGACGGAGGGGGGGGAUGUGGUCCAGGAUGUGAACAGUGGUGUGCAGAUGGUCAUGAUGGAACAGCUGGACCCCACCCUUCUGCAGAUGAAGACUGAAGUAAUGGAGGGGACAGUGGCUCCAGAAACGGAGGCCGCCGUGGACGAUACCCAGAUCAUAACCUUGCAGGUUGUAAAUAUGGAAGAACAGCCUAUCAACAUAGGAGAGCUUCAACUGGUUCAAGUACCUGUCCCCGUAACUGUACCUGUUGCUACCACAUCAGUGGAAGAACUUCAGGGGGCGUAUGAGAAUGAAGUAUCUAAAGAGGGCCUUGCCGAAAGCGAGUCUAUGAUAUGUCACACCUUACCUUUACCUGAAGGAUUUCAAGUGGUGAAAGUAGGAGCUAAUGGAGAGGUGGAGACGCUUGAGCAAGGAGAGCUCCCCCCCCAGGAAGAUCCAAGUUGGCAGAAAGACCCUGACUAUCAGCCACCAGCCAAAAAAACAAAGAAAACCAAAAAGAGCAAACUGCGCUACACAGAGGAGGGCAAAGACGUGGACGUGUCUGUGUAUGACUUCGAGGAAGAGCAGCAGGAGGGGCUGCUGUCGGAGGUGAAUGCUGAGAAGGUGGUUGGUAACAUGAAGCCUCCAAAGCCAACCAAAAUUAAAAAGAAAGGUGUAAAGAAGACAUUCCAAUGUGAACUCUGCAGUUACACAUGUCCACGGCGUUCAAAUUUGGAUCGUCACAUGAAAAGUCACACUGACGAGAGACCACACAAGUGCCAUCUUUGUGGCAGGGCAUUCAGAACAGUCACCCUCCUGAGGAACCAUCUUAACACACACACAGGUACUCGUCCCCACAAGUGCCCAGACUGUGACAUGGCCUUUGUGACCAGUGGAGAGUUGGUGCGGCAUCGUCGUUACAAACACACCCAUGAGAAGCCAUUCAAGUGUUCCAUGUGUGAUUAUGCCAGUGUAGAAGUCAGCAAGUUAAAACGUCAUAUACGAUCUCACACUGGUGAGCGUCCGUUCCAGUGCAGUUUGUGCAGCUACGCCAGCAGGGACACCUACAAGCUCAAAAGGCACAUGAGAACCCAUUCAGGGGAAAAACCUUAUGAAUGUUAUAUUUGUCAUGCUCGGUUUACCCAGAGUGGUACCAUGAAGAUGCACAUUUUACAGAAGCACACUGAAAAUGUGGCCAAAUUCCACUGUCCCCACUGUGACACUGUCAUAGCCCGAAAAAGUGAUUUGGGUGUCCACUUGCGAAAGCAGCAUUCCUAUAUCGAACAAGGCAAGAAAUGCCGGUACUGCGAUGCCGUGUUUCACGAGCGCUAUGCCCUCAUCCAGCAUCAGAAGUCACACAAGAAUGAGAAGCGCUUUAAGUGUGACCAGUGUGAUUACGCUUGCAGACAGGAGCGGCACAUGAUCAUGCACAAACGCACCCACACCGGAGAGAAGCCUUAUGCCUGCAGCCACUGCGACAAGACUUUCCGCCAGAAACAGCUCCUCGACAUGCACUUCAAACGCUAUCACGACCCCAACUUUGUCCCUGCGGCCUUCGUCUGUUCUAAGUGUGGGAAAACAUUUACACGCCGGAAUACCAUGGCAAGGCAUGCUGAUAAUUGUGCUGGUCCCGAUGGCGUAGAAGGAGAAAAUGGAGGAGAAACGAAAAAGAGUAAACGUGGAAGAAAAAGAAAGAUGCGUUCUAAAAAAGAAGACUCUUCUGACAGUGAAAAUGCUGAGCCAGACCUGGAUGACAAUGAGGACGAGGAAGAGCCUGCUGUGGAGAUAGAGCCAGAGCCAGAGCCAGAACCUGUGACCCCAGCCCCACCACCCGCCAAGAAGCGGAGAGGACGCCCCCCUGGAAGAACCAACCAGCCCAAACAGACCCAGCCAGCAGCCAUCAUUCAGGUUGAAGACCAGAACACAGGUGCAAUUGAGAACAUUAUAGUUGAAGUCAAAAAAGAGCCAGAUGCCGAGCCCACAGAGGGCGAGGAGGAGGCCCCACCAGCUGCCACAGACGCCCCCAACGGAGACCUCACGCCUGAGAUGAUCCUCAGCAUGAUGGACCGGUGAUGGUGGGGCGCCCUCCGCUCCAGGACUGCUCUGGGCUGUGUUUCAGCGGCUCACAUCUUAAUUCCUGUCCCUUUCUUCUUUUGGCUUUGGGAAAAAGCAACAUUUUACACCAUUUUACCAAACACACAGAACUAAAACUUCCAAGAAUGAUGUUAGGAAAAUGUGAUUUAAAUAGGACUUUGUUUGGUGUUAGCAAUCAUGGAAUGUUCUGAAUCUCUGAGGGUUUACUGUGAAGUGCUUCGGACCGUGUGGAAGCCAGCCUCGCUUUCGCUUUCUUGAAGGAAAUGAGACGGCUUGCCCUUUCGCAAUACGGUAAACCACUCCAGAAUGGCCACCCAGUCUCCCAGAGUUCUACGGUCUUCUUCCCAGCAGAGUUUUUAAUUGUAAAUGCAGACCUGGGAAGGACUUAGACUUUUAAACUUUUUGUUUUGUUUUGUUUUGCUUUUGCCUUUUCCUGACUCCCUUUGCGCGGAGUCGACUGCACACCAGUAGUAUAUGGCAUGCUACGAUCGGGUUCUGCCCAGAAAGCCUUGCCUUUCUGGGCAGAGGUUCUGGUAUGGUCAAAGCUUGUAAAUAACUUUUUUUACAUUUUAAUCUUUUCCAUUAAUUAAGAAGUGCAGUGUAAGAAACCCAGAAGUUUAAUUACUUGCAAAUUAAGUUCCCACAGACUCUGUAGUGUGUAAACAGAAUUGGAUUACAAUCAUGUAGCUGAACAGAACCCAGACUGCUGCCACGCCUGGAAGCUCACGCAAGACCGAGACGCCAGCACCCGGACCCGGACCGGACCUCGAACAAUUAAUUUUCAGUUCUGAUUGUCCAUCUCCAUUUUCUUUGCUCUGUUUGUAGCCGAGUUUGUUUCCUGAACCCUCCGUUCAGGCAGCAGAGGGUGACUGAGUGGGUCACAGCCGCCCGGAACAAGCUGGGCCAGAACAUUUUACUAGGUCAGAAAUCUAAACUUUUUAUCUUCAAAAAAUAAAAUAUAAUAAUAAUGUGAAAAAAGACCAACUAAAAAGUGAUUCUUCUUGCACAUGAACUGUCACACGUUUAAAUGUGUUUUUUAGGACGCCUCUGUCUUUACUGAUCUCCAACACCUUUUUCUUCUGUGUAUUGCUUUAAGAGAGCCAUCAGUUAGACUCUAGGUUGAUGCAUUUUGUACUUAGCUGUACUGUGUGAUCUUUUUCAUUAUUUUAGGACGCCAACAUGAAACCUGUAAUGAAUAUGUAAUGGGUUGAAAGCUGGGGAGGAGAAUCUACUGCUGUACAGCUAAUAAAUCAUAACGGAUUAACAAGUGCUCCAAA